UUGGAGCUGACUUAUACUGCACUCCGGGUCAGAUCGGACACUUUCUGUAUUACUUCAAAGCAACUCAUCGCUUACUUCCUUCACCACUUCUAUUCCCAUCCCAAUUUUCAAUCGACAGUUAUGUCUACAGCACGCAUUUCCACCCGCGCCCUCCGCGCCCUCACAUCCACAUCCACCUCCACCUCCACCUCCACCUCCAAAACCACAACCCGCUCCCUGUCCAUCACCGGCCCAACAACCUUCUCCUCCAUCCUCACAUCCGACAAGCCCACCGGCACGCGCUCCGCCCCGCGCCUCCCCAACCUCCCCCCUCCCACCAACGACACCGGCAAACCCGCCCGUCACUUCAACACCAGCCGCACCCUCAAAGCCGUCAACGACAGCUCCACCAUCGACUUCGCGUACCUGCCCGAAUCCGGCUCUGACGCCCAGGCGAGCAACCAGGCCUUCAGGGUGCCGAUCCUGCCGGGCAGGGAGGCUAGUGAUGCAGUAAAGGCGAGGAAUACCGAGGCGGAGACGCCUGUCUUCAUCCCUGUUGUCUCCACCGCAUCUGCGGAUGAUACGCAUAUCCACGCUCCCUCCGCUUUGUCCGAGACGACGAGCGAUCUCCAAGGCCUGGCUAGUUCCGUUGCGAAGACGCUUCAGACGAGGAGCGAGGGCGAGGGCAUGACGAAGCAGAUCUUGAAUGAUUUGUGGGAGGACAUUGUUGAGUUGGGACAGGGUGGGAAGCCGCUUGCUAAGGCUUGACGUGUGGUGUGAUGAAGAGACAGGGUGUUGUGUUCGAUUCAUGGGAUAAGGGAGGAGAAAGUUCGGUCUGGCUUGAAGUGCUCGAGCUUAUGAGAUCAUGCAAAUUUUAUUGUAAUAUGCUGCUGCGUGC